UUUAAAUUACGGUUUCAUUCCCAGCCAAGUUAUUGGAAAACAAAAACUUGCCAAUUUUUUAAGAAAAAAAACUAUGAAGGGUAAAUUGACCGACACUACGCCCCUAAAAACUCGAGUAAGAAAACUCGUGAAGGAUGUCAUGCGCCAAAAUGAAACGGCUAAAAUGAAGCGGCUAAAUAGUAUCCAACAAACGACUAUUAAGAAUUCGUGUGGAAAGCUAAAUACGGUUAGUACUGAACCCAAAACUGAUCAACUUAGUUCCGUGGAGUCUGCUGCUCAGCCGUUUUUACCUAUGGCAGAAACAUGUGAAGAUCAAAUUGAUCAGAUGGCUUUAAACGCAACCAAAGCAGAAACCAUAGAGGUGGUAAGCCCGAAAGCCAAGCUAAAUACCGGAAGUACUAAGCAAGUUCCGGACGGCAGGAAGGAAUACCUACAGAAAUGGCUCAUUUCGUUGGGUGAAGAGUCGCCCAAAGAACCGGACUUAGAGAAAGUUAUAGAACUACCCGACCCUGACAGUGAUGAGGAGGAUUUAGUCGACAAAAAUCCCUUUGCCAAUAAUAUCGAGGACUUUACAGUGAAGGAUCAGGAUAACGAAGAAGGAACGACAGAGGAACGAAUGUUGAGGUUUUUGGAACGCAUCGAACUCCGCGCUGCAUUUCCCAAAAGCUGUUUGAGGGAUAAUGUGUUCAUGGUGGACAGACCCCGAGAUGCCGUCAAACUAGGCAAGAAGCUUCCCACUUUGAGCAUGGAGGACAACUGCCGAGCAAAAGAACUCAUCACAAUCUCCAUUUGCGAAGUUUAUAGUCCGUUUCAGUUUUGGUUUCAUUUUGUGGGCACAAUGUACGAUAUUUGUUUUCUGGAAGACAUGAACCUGCGUAUAAAUCAAUUUUAUAAUAAUAACACUGAGGAUGUCAGCGGCUACAGGAUGGCGGAGUACUUCUUGAAAGCCGGUUACAUAUGCGCAGCAAAACAUAACACGCAAUGGCGGAGAGCAAAGAUAUUGGUCACUCCGCCAAAAGAUGCCGACUGGGUUUCCAUAUACUACUUGGACUAUGCAUCGGCGGCUCAAGUGCAGCCCGGUGACUUAAGAUUCCUGCCCGAAUGGUUUACGGAAGCGCCGCCCCUGGCUGCGCGGGGAACUCUCUCGCACAUCCAUCCACUGGGCGUCCACUGGUCACCUGACAGUACGUCUCAGUUUCGGCGCCUAACCCGCAAUGCCCAUCUUUUCGCCGAGGUCACUGAAUUGGACGAGGAUGAGGGCGUACUUUUUCUAAGAGUCUCACAAACGAAAUCCUUCGACCCCACAAUCAAUCAGAUGCUGGUCGCUGCGAAUCUAGCUGGUGAAAGCAACCACUACAGCCAGAGGACCAUCGACUACAACUGCGGAAGAAGAGUUCGCUACCUGAGAGAGCGUUUGCCCAGUUUCGAAAUGCUGGAGUCCCGUCUGUUUCCCUGGGACGAUGAAGAGUUCGAGUGGACGUUCGACGACAUCAUCUACUCCCCCUCUUUCUACAAGGAAUACCAGCUGCCCAAGUUACCGAAUCCCUUUCAAGCUGGCCUCCUAGAAGCGCUGGCCGCUUGGAUGCCAGCCUACCGAAAAGAGCAGGAAAAAUGGAUUCAGAUAUACAGAAAUGCCAGCCGAGAGGAAAGAGAGGCUCAUAACCGGUCGGUUCUGGAAAAGCUGGAGAUGGCGAAGGACAAAGAGGCUGAAGAGCCGAUUAGCGGACCAAAGGAACGACAAGGUGACAAUGAUCCAGAAGAGCAAAAAAAUACUUAUGAAGAUCGAGCUGAGCACAUUGAAAUGGACAAGAAUGAAGAGCGAGAAGAAUUUUCUAUAGUUGACUAAGCUAUGUGGACUUUUUCGCUUUUAAAAAGUAGAAAUUUCUAAAAAAAAAAAAGUAAACUUUUUAAAGCUAUCAA